AUGCAUCCAAGCUCUAUAAACAACUCGCCAUCGGCAAACUGCAACUCGAAUCAGGGACUUCCAAUACUGCCGAAUUCAGUCUCAAGCUCUAUAAACAACUCGCACCGAAACUCAACUAUAGACGCCGAUGGAAACAGAAAUGGACAGGCAACGACAAAGACACAAACUGGUGCAAGCACAAGUACAGGCACAAGUGCCGACACAACCACAGAUGCAGAUACCGGUAUUGGUACUAGUACAAAUACUAGUACAAAUACAGACGCAAACACAAAAUCAAAAACAGAAACAAAAACAAGCACAUUAUCAAAUAUAGAUACAAGUACAACUGCAAUUCCAGCCGUCAAUGCAGGCGCAAGUACAGACACUCCCAACACUUCCUCCUCACUCACAGCGCCUCAAGUUCAAACACAAACCCAAAUCCCAUCAACUCCUAUAACAAAGGGCAAAUACUCGUUGGCAGAUUUCAAUAUAAUCCAAACUCUUGGAACAGGAUCCUUUGGUCGUGUCCAUCUGGUCAGGUCAGUCCAUAAUGGUCGCUUCUACGCCAUGAAAGUAUUUAGAAAAUCGCACGUUGUUAAAGCUAAACAAAUCGAACAUACUAAUGAUGAAAGAAAAAUUUUGUCGAUUUGCAAACAUCCCUUCAUAACUAGAAUGUGGGGGACUUUCCAAGAUUGCAAGUCCAUCUUCUUAAUAAUGGAUUAUAUAGAAGGUGGUGAGCUCUUCUCACUUCUAAGAAAAUCAAAAGUUUUCCCCAAUCAAGUUGCCAAAUUUUACUCGGCUGAAGUUCUAUUGGCGUUAGAAUAUCUACAUUCUCAUAAUAUAAUUUAUAGAGAUUUAAAACCUGAAAAUAUCCUAAUCUCAAAAUCGGGACAUAUUAAAUUGGCAGAUUUUGGUUUUGCAAAAUAUGUGGAAACAACAACUUAUACUCUGUGCGGAACUCCAGAUUAUAUAGCUCCAGAAAUUAUUGCAGUUCAACCAUACACUAAAGCUGUUGAUUAUUGGUCCUUCGGUAUAUUAAUUUAUGAAAUGAUUGCAGGUACAACUCCAUUUUAUGAUCCUUCUCCAAUGAAAACUUACGAAAAUAUAACUAAAUGCGAAAUAAGCUACCCUAAUCAUUUCCAGUUGGACGUCAUAAAUCUACUACAAGGAUUGAUAACUAAAGAUGUUACCUAUAGAUUGGGUAAUUUGAAAAAUGGUAUACUGGAUAUUAAAAACCAUCGUUGGUUUAAUGAGGUUAUUUGGGAUAAUCUAUUAAAGGGUAAUAUAGAGACUCCGUACGAGCCAAAUAUAGCUUCAGGUACAGGUGAUGCUUCCCAGUUUGAGAGAUAUCCUGAAGUCGCAUACGAUUAUGGUAUCUCUGGUAUAAAAGACGAGUAUGGGUAUUUAUUCCCAGACUUUUAA